AUGGCUGCUGAAGCGUCGACCUCUGCCAAUCGCGGGCAGUCUCUCGCUGCCAUGUUGGAGGCACAGCAUUCCCAUGAUGAGGCCCACAAGGCCACUGUCGAGGAUGUUGUGGAUGAAGAAGACCUCAAACACCCUCCUCCGUCCUCCCUGCCAAAGACCGAACCCACCCCAGCUGCGGCCUCUGCCCCCGGGCCUCCGACCCCCGCGGCCACCGCAACCCCCGCGCCUGCUCCGAAGCCUGCCCCGAAAAAGUCUCCGGCAUUCGAUGUGCGGUCUGAAGAACUGUUUCCGGCAUUGGGCAGCGGACCGAAGCCCGCCGCUCCGGCUGCAGCCACGUGGGGUGCGAAGAAGCCCUCUGCGGCGGCCGCGGUUACGAAUGGCUUGGCGCCCCAGCCAAUGGAUGUCCCUCGAGUCAUGACCCUUCCCGGCAAGCACAUGGAACAGCUCCGUUUAGCGCCAUCUCAGAUGCUUCCGCGUGGGCAACUGAAGAAGCCUCUCCGGGAUAUUCUCCGAGAUAUUUCCCGCAGAUCUAAAGCCAAUGUCGAUAUGCGAGGUGGCCCUGGUGGCUCUAUCAUCUUCGAAGGAAAGGGAUCCGUGGAUGCGGUCCGACAGGCGCUCAAGGAAGUGGCACAACAAGUUGGAUCCAAGCAAUCGGUUCGCGUCCCCAUCCCGACUUCUGCACGACCCCACAUCAUUGGUCGCCAGGGUGCUGUUGUUCAGGAUAUCCAGACCCGCACAAACGCCCGCGUGCAAGUCCCUCGGGCAGAGGAGAAUGCUGCUGCCGACGAUGACGACAGUGACACCAUUGACGUUUUGAUUGAGGGUGAUGCCGUUGCAGCCGAGAUGGCUCGCCGUGAAAUCGAGGCAAUUGUGAAGGAGCGAGGCGCGAACAUGAGCCUGCGGCUAAAAACAAUUCCCCCGGAGUUCUUCCCGUUCAUUGCAGGUGCACACGAUGCCAAUCUGCGAGGCAUUGAAGAGCGUACCAAGGCCCAGGUUCAUGUCCCAAGAUAUGAUACCUGGUCGACCCAACCGCCGCCACAGGAAGCCCACCCGGGUCAAGUGCAGUUUGUGCCUGUGUCGGACAAGCAUAUUCUCAUCUCUGGCGAGCGCGCUGCGGCCCAGGAGGCUCGUGCAGAGAUUGAGCGAGUGGCUGCGGAAUUGCAACGCCAGCUGACCCUCCGCCAGCUGGCGAUUAGCCGCGGCCAGCACCAAUUCAUUCUGGGCAACGAGGCCGAUGCAUUGCACCAAUUCCUCGCACAGACCGGAUGCGCCAUCGUCCUUCCUCCUUCAUCAGAUGAUAGCGAGUUCCUCACCAUCACCGGCCCGCUCAGCCAGAUUGAGACCGGCAUUAACCACGCCAUGGACCUUGCCACCAGCAUGCAGAUGGCCAGCAUUGAUUUGUCUCGUCAACACCCCGGUGCCCCUGCCGGCCCCCAUGCCCAUGCACGCGCUCUGACUCAGUACCUCCGACGACGCCAAAUCAUUCAGGACCUUGAAUCGACAUACGACGCAAGGAUUGCUAUCCCACCCAGUGCGGAAGGACCCGUGACUUGGGAAGUGUAUUCCCGUGAUGGAAAGAACACUAUCCGCGCUCGCUCCGACAUUAUGAAUCUGAUUCAAGCUCAUCCCCCAUCCAGACUUCGUCACGUUCCUGUUGAUCCCUACUUCCACUCCUAUCUCCGCUCCCGAGGUGCGGGUACGCUCCAGGAUGAUUACGGGGUCCAUCUUCUGGUCCCAGACGAUGUCAACAGCCCCGAUGUUGUCCUUGUGUAUGAGGGUCCGUCCGCAACGGCUUCCCGCUUCGAAGUCCCCAGACAACGCCCCUCGCCAGCGGAGGUUUCGGCAUUCGAGAAGGCACUGCAAGAGGCGCAGCAGUAUCUCCUUGGUGUAUUGGGAGACCAGCAGAACAUUGUUGCGAAGUCGGUCUCGGUCCCUUCCAAGUACCAGGAGAAGGCACGCAAGUUUAUCAUCCGCGAGCAAGAUGCCAAGGGCGAGGAUACGAUUCCUGUGCGUGCAAUUGUUGGUGAUGCCAAGGGCUCUCAGUCCGAAAUUGCGCUCCGAGGCCCGACUGGCUUGGUGGCAGACCUCGUCUCUAAGAUCGAUUCAUUCGUUGUGGAGCAGGAGAAGGAUGACCUGGAGCGUGGCUACACGAACACCUUUGAUUUCCCUCAGAAGUACGCCAAUUUCCUAAUCGGCAAGCGCGGGGAGAACAUCAACAAGCUUCGGGAAGAGUUUGAUGUCGAUAUCAAGGUUGAAAAUGGCAAGGUUGAAGUCAAGGGGCCCAAGGCCAAGGCCGACGCUGCCCGCAUGCGCAUCAUCAACCUGGGGAAGAAGCUUGAGGAUGAGACCACCCACAUCUUGAAGGUCCCAGCUCAGUACCACCGCGAGCUUAUCGGACAACGAGGAAACCAGGUCAACCGACUCCAGGAUCGGUAUUCCGUUCGCGUGCAGUUCCCCCGUGUGACUGUCGCUGGCGAUGACCAGUCGGUCGGAGACACUGGCAGCGAUGCUGGUGGAGUUCGGCCUAGCCGUCCCCAGCAAGCCGCUGACGAGGUUCUGGUGAAGGGCCCUAGCAAGGGUGCUGACUCCGCUCGCGACGAGCUCCUCAGCCUGCUGCAGUGGGUCAUUGACCACUCGAACAGUGCUACCAUCUCCGUGGCUCAGAGUCAGGUUGCAUCACUGAUCGGUCAGCGCGGCCGUGAAAUGGACAAGCUUCGCGCGGACACCGGUGCUCAAAUCGAUGUUCCCAGUGCGAACGAUGCACCGGAUGCAUCGGGACGUGUGCAAAUUCGAGUCAAGGGCACGAAGCAGCAGGUCAACGAGGCCAAGAAGAUUCUCCAGCAGCGGACUACCGAGUUUGACGCAACUGUCACGAAGUCCAUUGAUGUCGACAAGAAGUACCACAAGGCACUGAUUGGUGGAGGUGGUGCCAACAUUCGUAAGAUUGUGGUUGAUGCCGGUGGUCCCAACGAUGGCAGUGCUGCCCGGAUGGUCCGAUUCCCGCGCCCUGAGAGCACUGAGUCGACCAUUCGCCUGGAAGGCAAUGGCAAGAUUGUCGAGAGCAUCAUUGCGGCUAUCCAGGAAUUUGUCAAGGAGCGUGAGGAUCAGGUCAUGGAAACGAUCGACGUGCCCACGGCCCAGCAUCGGCUGCUGAUUGGCCGCGGCGGCGAAACGCGACGGGGUAUUGAGUCCCAGUUCAACGUCACCCUGGACAUUCCGAAGCAGGGCUCGGGCCGCACCGACGUCAAGCUCAAGGGACCUAGCAAUGCCGUCCAGGGCGCCAAGGAGCACGUGCAGUCCAUGCUCAAGGAACAACAUGCCGAGACUGUCAACGUCCCGCGCCAUCUGCACCAUGUUGUGGCCGACAACGGCGCCUUCUUCCGUCGUCUGCGCAACGACCACCAGGUCACUGUCGACCAUGCCGGCCAGAAUGUGCCAUCGAACCUGGCCGCCAAGCAGACUCGCUCCGCCGCUAACGGGAGCUCCGCCUUGCCCUUGAUUACUGAUGACCCCAGCGAGGCCACGGACGCCCACUCGUGGAAGGUGAUUGAUAACAGCUCUUCUGCUGCUCCCGACGCCACCCCGUUCCCCUGGGUGCUUACCGGCUCUCCCGAGAGCGUCGCCAAGGCCCGGGCCGCUAUUGAGAAGUCCAUCGCCUCGGCGUCUCAGCAGUCCGCCACAGGAUACUUGAUCUUGCCUGAUCCCAAGACCUACCGCUACGUCGUGGGCCAGGGUGGCAGCCAGAUCAACGCCAUCCGCAAAAAGACCGGCUGCCGCAUCAACGUGCCCAAGGACCAAGCCCGUGGCGAAGCCAUCGAGGUUCGUGGCAGCUCCGCCGGUCUGGAGGAGGCCAAGGAGAUGAUCCUCGAAGCGGUACGAAACGGGCUGAGCGGGGCUCGGUGA